UUUGUGUAGUUUAAACUUUCUGUGUUGUUUAGUUGAAAUCUAGCUAGCUAGGUGACAAACUAUAAACAAUAAAUUUCAUAAAUUGUUCGAAUAUUCUUUUUUGAGCUUCUUUAAAAUAAAAUCAUAGGUUCACAUUAAUCUUGAAAAUAAAAUAAAAUACUAAAAGAAACUCCGUGAAUAAAAAAAAAAAAAAAGACAUGACGGCCGUUAUUAUGGUUAGACGGAGGAAUGUCUCUCUGACCAGCUGGUGAGUUUUUCUGCGGUUCUUGUCUAUGUCAUGUAACUUAUAAGAGAGACCACUGUUAAAAACAAAAAUUAGAAGUGAUAAUUAAAAAUAAAUGAAAAAGAGACGAAUGAGAGAGAGAUUUUGUAGGGGUUUUACAUAUAAAAUAGAAUUUGGAAUAAUCCAUAUUCUCUCCUUCUUUCUCUCCCUCUGCAAACCCUAAAGUUUCCUUGUCCUUUACUCUCUCAUCUGACGAAAGAUAGCGUCAAAACUGUGGCAAUUCAAAACCGGAAAGGAAAAACAGAACUGGUUAAAAUGGAAACCAAUCAGCUCGAUUCAGAUUCGCAUCUCCCUCCUCGAAAGCGACUACUUGCUGAAUUCAAGAAACUUAACGGAUCUUCUUCUUCUUCUUCUUCCACAACUUCAAACUCAAACGGAUCUUCCUCCUCUGCUUCAACCGACGACGUCCACACCCACCUCGACGACUUAUUAGCUUCCCGUUUCAACAAUCAGUCACCGGAAGAGCUCGCGGAAGCAGCUAGAUCCGCCGCCGGUUUAGCUGUUAAAGCCGCAAAGGCCGCGAGGGAAGUGGCGAACGAGAAGGCAUUGAUUUCCGCAAAGGCGAUCGCUGCAGCCAAGAGGGCAUUGGAGUUGGUUGAUUCUUUCCCCCAAGAAGCAUUGGCUGGUUGCAAUGAGAGGCCGUCGUCACCUAAGAAGAACAAGCAGAGGAAACAUGUCCCUCUUCACCACUUGUAUUAUCCAAAGGGAGAGUUAAGAGACGACGAAGAAGAGGAUUUAGCGCUUAGGCUGCAUCGAGCUGUAGACAAUAGGUACCCUAAUGGUCAAAUUAACAAGAAGCAGAAGACGGUAGUUGUAGAUGGGAGUAGAUUGACCGGUACUGUGAAUGACGUUAAUGGGGCUGUGGAUUCAGACAGCUCGUUUGAGGGAUUAGAAUCAAACCGGGAGGCGUUCGAACCGGAUGAAGUGGAUUCAAUACCGACACCGUGGAAGGAAGAAAACAUUUCAUUGGGGAGAAGAAGAGGAAGAGUGAAGCUAAAGAAACUUCCUUUGAGCAUUUUGUAAUUCUAGGGCUUAAGAAAUCAGAACCUGCGUGGAUCACACGGUGGAUUGAAGUUGUGUCUGAAGAAUGUGUAAAGCAGAACAGACAGCCGUACGGUCAUAAGAUGAUCUGGUCAGCAUUGCCAUUUUCAGUUAAAAAAAACACACAUUGUUGUUUCUUUUUUUUUUUAUGUGUUUUGAAUUUAUGUUUUUAGAGAAUGUGAUGUUUGGAUUCUUAGAUGGAGAAGAAAUGUAAUAACGUGAUGCACUUUUUGUUAAAUGUUAUUUUUACUUUUGAUUUAA